AUGGCCAUAGUCACUUCACCCACUUUACCCACUUCACCCACGCCAGCCCUACCGCGUCCGCAAGCGCCCUCACUUCUUCAGGUCAGCAGCCCCGCUCCCUUUUUCCCUCCCCCCAAUCCACGGCCGUUGAUCCUCACCGCCUCGACGGCAAAGGUGACUCGCAUUGACGCACCGCCCGUGGUGCAUAAUGCGUGUAUGGCUGCUGGUGACAUCGUGGCCGGGGAGUGCGGUUCCGGCUGGCUUGGAUACGAAACGUGGGAAGGCAUACUGAGGACCCGAGAGAGUUCCAGCUUCGGCCAGAUUAGGCGGCGCUACAAGCCCCGGGAGCGCAAAUCUGAAGAUGGUGGUGUCAUUCUCGAGUUUGAUUUGAAGCCGUCGGAUCCGGAUUUCCCGUUUGAGAUGACCGCACUGGCGUCCUUACUUGCGGAGGAAGCUCAAGCCAAGAGAAACUCGGAAACGAGGCAGCUUAAGGCAAGACUGGGGCGAUUGCCCCUUUACAAGAAGUCUGGAGAUGGAAUUGCCUAUACUCUGCUGGUUGAGCCACGCAAACCAGGCGAACUCCCAGUACCUCUUCGGUCCAUCAAGACGAUAGUCUUGUUCGUGCCGCUUCUGUAUCCAUUGCAGAAUUGUCGCAUUACGUUGGAAGGCGUGAAGCCUGAAGAUGCAAAGGCAACAGAGGCAGAGGAGCGUGCAAAGAAAGAGAAGGAUACGACACUGAUGGGCCAUGUUAAUUUCAUGGCUCAAAAUAUGCAUGUUCUGGCUAAGACACCACCGUUGCGAAGUCCCAUUUAA